UGGCGCGCACAUCGGGUCGUUGGCAAUGGUCGCUCAGUGAUCACACGAUACAGAUAGGAUGUUUUAGUGUCGGAAUUCGGACAGUUUAGUUGUUUAGCAUUAACACGUCUCGUCUAUCUAAAGAGAAGCGCUAAUUAGGUGGUUUGCAUGCACCUAGUUCAAGUAAUUGGAUUUUAAUUUGUAUUUGGGCAAGUAACGAGACAACUUUCACCUAAGUCUGAGGGAAACGCAUUUUUGCUAGUUUAUUCAUGAUAAGCUGGAAAUGUAUUUAUCACGGUUCAGUCUUUGUAUAAUUUUCAUUUUGCUCUGCUCUCUCGAAUCCAGAGCCAACUUGAAUGAUGAUAUUCCUUUGACCAAACUUGGCUCUAAAACCGGGCCAACGUUGAAGUUUUAUUACUGCUACUCGUGUGGAUAUAGAAAGAUGUUUGAAGAUUACACAAGUUUGCUGAGAGAAAAGUAUCCAGAAUUGCAAAUCGAUGGAGAAAAUUACAUUCCCCCUGGAGCUAACAUGAUGCUAGCUAAAGGUUUGAAUAUAGCCAAGAUUCUAGUCAUUAUUUUAAUAUUCCUCAAGGUAAAUCCAUUCCAAUGGAUUGGACAACCUCAACCAUUUUGGUGGCAAUGGUGUAUGGAUAAUCGUUUAUACUCUUGUGUACUCCUAUUUUUUGCGUGCAAUGCAGCAGAAGGUUACUUAAUAGCUUCUGGAGCAUUCGAAAUUCAUUUCAAUGAUGUUCCUAUUUGGUCAAAACUUGAAACUGGGAGAAUACCUCAACCUCCUGAACUUUUUCAAAUUAUUGAUACUCACAUGCAAAUGUUGUUCCCUGAAAUGCAAACAGGCAAGAUCAAUAAGUAGAUAUCAAGAAUUUGAGAUUUUUUGAAGUGGAUGAUAUUUAAUCAUGAAGUUACUUUUGAAAAUUAAUGUAAUUGUGCAUUAGCGAAUCCUUUCAUCAUGCUAGAUACUUACAUUCUUUAGAACAAGAAUCAUGUCUAAGAUUUAUAUACGUACUACAUAUAUAUAUAUACAUACAAUAUAUAUAUAUAUAUAUAUAUAUACAACUAAGCUGCCCAGCAAGUGAAUUAUGCAAGAAAAUCUUUAAAAAUGUAUACUUUGAUAGUUAUUGAUUACUGUACAAUACUAAAGCACUAAUUCUCAGAAUUUCAAUUUUUUAUAUCCUCAAGCUGUAGAAUAUGUAUAUUAAUAAGUGAAUAAAUUAUGUUUGUGUAAAUAUAACGAACAAUACACCAAAGGAUAAAGGAUACGUUACAAAAUACAUGAUUUUUAAAGUUGA